UACAAUUAUUAGUUUAUUUUUUUCAUUUUUGUUUUUUAAGUUCAUAAAAACGGAUUUUGUUCUUGUGAUUUGUGGUUAUGUGUAAAAGAGAAAUUUUUCAACUUAUUUAUGAUAAGAAUUGUGCAAUGAUGGGUAUCCAGGCGACAGCAGGGAAACGUAAACUGGACGCAGUUGUGGCAUCAGGUGGUGUAGCAGCGUCAUCAAAUUGUGAAGACUCAACGACAACAAUCCCUGCAAAAGCGGGUCGCUGGGCCGAUAAUACAACCAGCAAUAAUAAUAUAACAUCAACACCUUCAUUAGUAAUAAAUUCAAAUAGUAAUAAUAAUAGUCUUACGUCAUCGACAUCGUUAACGACAUCAACAUCAUCACCCAUGACAUUAACGACAACAAUAACAACGCCUUCAAAUGUACCUCCACCUCCGGCCACAACUGACGAUUGUAUAGCUCGAUUACGGGCGGUUGCUGUACCUGGUGAAAUUAGUAAUAAUAAUUUAGCUUCAUCGCCGUCAACGACGACGUCCCACAAUGGUCUUAGUUCUAAUAGUAGUUUAACGUCAAAUAGUAAUAGUUGGCAAACAAAUGGAAUUGCAUCGUCGACAUCGGCUACCACACUUUUAUCCGAAGACUUAGAUGACGAUGAUAUUGAUGAUUACGAUGAUUUUAGUGAUGAUGAUCGUUGUUCAGAUUUACCAUAUUCGUCGGCAACUCCACAAGGUUAUCAACCAGCACGUUAUCCCGACUUCUCUCAAUACCAAAGUCAACGACAACAAGGUUAUUAUCAUACGGACGAUCCAUUUCAAACACAAUAUUUAAAUCGUCAACCAAAUCAUCAUCGAGGUGCUCCAGGAGGUUAUUGGAAUAAUUAUUACAAUCAACCUCAACAACAACCUCAUCAGCCACAGCAAGCUCAACAAACGAUACGAUGUGAUGAGAAUGGUAAAUCGUAUUUAGAAUUAGGUAGUGCCCCGCCACCUAUACAACCGACACAAUCAAGACAAAUACCUCCACCACCACCUCCGCCUCCAAUACGAUGUUGUGAUGGACCUACACGAUGGUGUAAUUACCCUUGUUAUAGACAACGUCGUUUAGCUGUAUUAAAUUUAUCAAUGUUUAAAUUAGCACGAUAUCGACAGUGUUCGGAUCCAUCGUUACAUCGAUCAGUACUUAUUUGUAAUACAUUGCGAUUGAUUGAGCGAGAAAUGGAAGCGGAAGGUAAUCAAAUUGCUGCUUAUCAAGCUCAACAACAACAAGCCCAACAGCAACAACAAGCGCAUCAACAUCAGCAACAAAUGGAAGCUGAAUCAGCGGCAUCGUCGUAUACAUCGAAUCAAACCUUUAAUGAGUAUUCAAAUCGUUUAACACCUGUUAUGGAUUCGUCCUCAGUAUCUACGUCCUACGAACAUAAUUUACGUGAAUUAAAUGCGUCAGGACGUGCUACACCAUUCCCCUCACAAACAGUAGACACGGAUUCAGGUCUAGGCGAUGAAGAUACGAGUCGAAGUAUAAAUUGGAGUUCUGUGUUAAGUUUAACAUCACAAACUGAUUUAGAUCCGUUAAAUAAUAAUGAAUUGUAUCAAACAAUCGAACCAACGUCGACUAAUGGACCUACAGUUGUAACGGCUGAUGUUGACAUGUCACAACAUCAUCAUAAUACCUCAAAUUCGUCAACGUCUUCGCCAACGUUAUCCUCGUCAACGACAACGUUGCUAUCUUCGUCCUCGUCUUCAUCACAGUUAAUGGAUGAAUUUUUACCUAGUUGGAAUAAAAACAAUAAUAGUUCAAAUUCUGCGUCUUCGUGUAGUGUUGACGAUCAUAGUGUCGGUUUAAGGACGGAACAAUAUAAUAAUCGUUUUCCUGGUGAAGGUGAAUGGGACUCAUUUAUGCAAGUAUUAGUUGGUGGCUCCUAGCAGCAGUGUUGUCAUAAUAGUAAUGUUGUAGACAUAAGCACGUUGGAAGAGUUUCCAGGACCAAGUAUAUCGUUGGCCGAUGUGCUUGUGGAUACAACACAUCUGUCUGAAGAAGACAGUGCUCAGGUUGUGAUUGGCUGUGGAAAUGUUCAAUCGUCUUAUAAUAAUUAAAAAAAAAACGAUGAAUAAUUUCCAUUUUAUGCAGCUACUACCUAACUAUUAUUACCCUUACCCCCACUUACCCUGCCAUCCCCUUUUUUUAAAUCCUAUUCUACUUAAUUAAGGCGGCAUAAUAUAUAUAUUUUUAAUUUGUGCAUUAAUUAUACAAAGAAAUACAAGAACAAAAAAAAACUAUUGAGGACCACAAAAAUAUAACACUCCACAAACAUAAACUGAAUAAUUGUAGUGUUUAGAGCCGAAGGAAUUGCAGGCGGAAAAUUUAAAUUAGAGAAAAAAAUGUACUAUUAUUGUUCAGCUGCAAAUGCAAAUUAGAUAAUUGAAGAUGAAGUUAUUCAAAAUGUUUUGUUUGUUAUUUUUUGUUUAUUUUUUAAAAGAUUCGAACGCAAUUAUAAAUUUUAUUAUUUUUUUUAAUUCAAGAGAAAAUUUAAAGACUCAAAACUGAACAAAUUCUUGAAUGAUAAACUUUUUAGGACAUUUAUACAAGACAGCGUAAAAUAAUAAUUAUUAGAAGAUAUGAGAGAAUUUCCUGGAUAUGAGAAGUUUAUAAGGUAUCAUUACCUUUUGUUCCUAAUUCUGGAGACUAAAAAGUUCAUAAAAUAUUUUUUUCUAUUUGAUUGUAUGAAAGGGAAACCUGUGAUAAUUAAAACAUAUAAAAAUCAUUAUCCCACUGAUCCCGUCAAAUAGUGAAACAUAAAUGUACUUAAAAAAAAAUUGAACUGAAAAAUUCUCGAAAUAUUCAAAAGCAUGUGCAUUUGUUCAGUUUCGAGAUGAAAUUUCACAAAAUUUUUCAUAAAUAGACAAAUUUUAACAUUAAUUAAUA